UUUCGCUAUUUAGCUCUUUCUCCUUCUUUCGGUUCUUUCUUCUUCUUAUAAUAUUUUUGUUCUCUCUUCUUCACAUACACAAAGAAAAUAACAUCUGCAACCAUGCUUGUUUACCAGGAUCUUCUUACCGGUGAUGAGCUUCUCUCUGAUUCAUUCCCCUACAAGGAAAUUGAGAAUGGAAUGCUUUGGGAAGUGGAAGGAAAGUGGGUUGUUCAAGGAGCAGUGGAUGUGAACAUUGGUGCUAACCCUUCUGCUGAGGGUGGAGACGAGGAUGACGGUGUUGAUGAUCAAGCUGUGAAAGUGGUUGAUAUUGUUGACACUUUCAGGCUUCAAGAGCAACCAGCUUUUGAUAAGAAGCAAUUUGUUACUUACAUGAAAAGAUAUAUUAAGUUGUUGACAUCUAAAUUAGAACUAGAAAAGCAAGAGUUGUUCAAGAAGCACAUUGAAGCAGCAACUAAGUUUCUCCUCCCAAAACUCAAAGACCUACAAUUUUUUGUUGGAGAGAGCAUGCAUGAUGAUGGAAGUCUUGUAUUUGCUAAGCACGUUUAGUUAUCAUGUUAGGAUGAAAAAAGAUUAUGUUACU